AUGGCCCAGCUGGAGGACAAGGCCUCUGCAGCCCCCACCGAGGGGGAGAGGCUGGUCCCAUCACAGGCGAAUGGAGCAAGUGAGACCCCCCUAGGGGUCCUCAGCACCCUAGAGCCACUUCUUCGCCUGCAGAGGACAUGGGGGGUGUGGCAGGUCCCAGAGCUGGAUGCCCAGGAUGCACAGGCCCUUGUGGAGCUGUGGCCACUGGGGAGUUUCCUGGUCAUAGGACAAGACCCCAGCCAGGUCCUGGUGUUGAGGACAGGACCUACACCAGGGGAAGUCAAGACCUACCAGAUCCAGAAGGUUUCUGGAGGUGUGACCCUGGAAUCAUCCAACCUCUGCAUGCCAGACCUGCCCCAUCUCCUGGCUUUCUUAUCAGCUAGCAGGGAUGUUUUGCCCAGAACUCUGCUCUUGCCCCCUCCCACUCUAGGGCCUGGAAACGAACACCCAGAUCCUUUGCAGACUGGGAGGGUCCAACUUGACACCUCAGGGAAGACAUUUUCUGUGGUGAACCAGCUCUACCUGGAGACCCACAGAGACUGGGAGAUGGAGCAGAUCCCCCAAGAGACAAAGCCAGAGACUGAGCAGACACAUGGUCCAGCCCCCAGGAACCCUGCCCCACACCGUGUCUCCUGGGUGGAAGGCCCACUCAGCCCAGAAGUGCACCAUCCUGGGCCAGCUCUGGCCAGUCUAGUGGAGGAGGAGGACGAUGACGAAGAUGAAGAGGAAGGACCUGAGGACGUGCUCACUGUUCAUGUCCGGGCUCUGGCCAGGGCCCGGAGCAGCUACGUGGCCAGGCAGUACCGGGGCCUUCGAGCACGCCUCACCUCCGAUUCAGGGGGUCCCCACAGGCCUGGGGACCCAGCCACGGAGCUGCUCCAGGAUGUGCGACACCUCCUUACUGACCUCCAAGACUACUUGGCAAAGGACCCUGACGUCAGGGCUGUCUUUGGAAGAAGGGGAUCUGGGGUCCCCCAGAAGGAUGAGGAUCUUGGCCCCGCGGUGGAAGCGGCCGUGUGCCGGGCGGUGCUGGCGCCCCUGAAGCCUGCCCUGUGGAGGAGACUCCGCACGCUCCGUGCCCAGGAGCUGCGGCUACUGCGACGGCGACAAAUAGCCCUGAGGGCGGGGGCGGGGCCUCUAGGGGCUCAGGGGACAGGGCCCGAGGGGCAGAGCCCUGCCCCCAGCCUGCGGAGCCGCAUCCACGCGCGCCUCGAGCUCCUCCACGCCGCCUGCGCCCCGCGCCGCAAGGUGGCGCUUCUGCUGGCGGUGUGCGGUGACGUCUACGCGGGCCUGGCUCGGGGCGAGGACCAAGAACCCCUGGGGGCCGACGCCUUCCUGCCGGCGCUGACGGAGGAACUGAUCUGGAGCCCGGACAUUGGGGAGACGCAGCUGGACGUGGAGUUUCUUAUGGAGCUCUUGGAUCCGGACGAACUACGCGGGGAAGCUGGGUACUACCUGACCACGUGGUUUGGGGCUCUGUACCACAUUGCCCACUACGAGCCUGAGGCGGGCCGGGCACCUCGGAGGCUCAGCUCUGAGGCCCAUGCCUCCCUGCGCCAGUGGCACCGCAGGCGGACGCUGCAUGGACAGGCCUGUCCCGGAGCCCAGGCUGACCUGCCCUUUGAGGAGCCAUGGGCGGUAGGGACUGUGCCAGAGAUCAGUGAUGAUUAGGGGUCUCAAACCCCUCUGCUCC